UGAACUGGAUGUUGGUUUCAGAAAGAGAAAGAUAGAGAGAGUGAGAGAGAGAGAGACAGAACAGCGAGCAUGACUGAGCAUGUGCAGCUUCUUUACAUUUAGCCUAUUGAUAUGAACGUCCUGCUGGCACAUAAACACAUAUGGGGCAAACGGGCACACACUAACACAUGAGGCUCACGCUCAGUGUGAUUAUGAAGGGCUUUAGCACAGGGCUGUUGGGUUGCAUGUGGGAUGUUUGAGUUUGCUUAACUGAACAUCACUCCUCAUGCGUACUGGAAUCGGCACAUGGUUACUGGCAUUGACAAACUCAUCACACACACUCAUGUCGGGCGCAGUUGACAGCUCAGCUCUAGGUUGCGGACAGAGAAAGGCAGAGGAAGAUCUUCUUAUAUAGUAAUGCUAUUUCUGACAUUUAGGCAAACUCUUUUUACGCACGAACUCUGAGCUCUUGUCCCCGCGCGCGAUGAACGCGUCGCGCUCGCUUAGCAUGGGGAUCCCCACUCAAGUGGCCAACAGCACCGCGGUCAGUGACUCUCUUUCCCCGUGGAAUUACAGCGCAGUGAGCGCGCACAAACUGAUGGAGCUGCCGGCGCGAGCCACUACGGUGGCGAUGGUGCAAGAUGUUCGACAUCCUUUCCCGACUGUAGAUGUUCCAGAUCAUGCUCAUUACACCAUCGGCUCUGUCAUUCUGGCGGUGGGCAUCACCGGCAUGGUGGGAAACCUUUUGGUCAUGUAUGCCUUCUGCAAGAGCCGGAGUUUGAGAACACCUGCCAACAUGUUCAUCAUCAAUCUUGCUGUCACUGAUUUCCUGAUGUGUGUCACUCAAACACCAAUCUUCUUCACCACCAGUUUGCACAAGCGAUGGAUCUUUGGAGAAAAAGGCUGUGAGUUAUAUGCAUUCUGCGGUGCUCUGUUUGGUAUCUGCUCGAUGAUCACACUCAUGAUUAUUGCAGUAGAUCGAUACUUCGUGAUCACUCGUCCUUUGGCCUCUAUUGGCGUUAUGUCACGCAAGCGAGCCUUGCUGAUCCUCUCUGCUGCCUGGGCUUACUCUAUGGGCUGGAGCCUGCCCCCCUUUUUUGGAUGGAGUGCAUAUGUUCCUGAAGGUCUGCUGACGUCCUGUUCGUGGGACUACAUGACCUUCAGUCCUUCUGUUCGAGCCUACACAAUGCUGCUCUUCACUUUUGUAUUCUUCAUUCCCCUCUUCGUCAUCAUUUAUUGCUACUUCUUUAUCUUCAAGGCCAUCCGUGAAACCAACAGAGCUGUGGGGAAAAUCAAUGGAGAAGGAGGACCCAGAGAUUCUAUCAAAAAGAUCCACCGGAUGAAAAACGAAUGGAAGAUGGCAAAGAUAGCGCUCAUAGUGAUCCUGUUGUAUGUCAUCUCCUGGUCUCCAUACUCCUGUGUGGCUCUCACUGCUUUUGCUGGAUACGCAGACAUGCUGACACCCUACAUGAACUCUGUGCCCGCUGUUAUUGCCAAAGCAUCUGCCAUCCACAACCCCAUCAUCUAUGCCAUCACUCAUCCCAAAUACAGGUCUGCCAUUGCCAAGUACAUCCCUUGUCUUGGAGUGCUGCUCUGUGUUCCUCGUAGAGACCGCUUCAGCAGCAGUAGCUUUAUAUCCACACGACGCUCCACAUUGACCAGCCAGUCCUCUGAGACCAGCAGCAACUUGCAUCGAGCCGGAAAGGCACGCUUGUCCUCUGUAUCUGACAGCGAAUCAGGCUGGACAGACACAGAGGCAGAUCUCUCCACCGCAAGUUCACGGCCUGCUAGUCGCCAGGUCUCAUCGGAAAUCCGCAAAGAUCUAUGCGAUAUCAAGCACAGCAGCUCUCUGAGGCUGAAGGUCAAAAGCAGAGACUCUGGAAUCUUCGACAGGACAUCAGCCCAGAGUCUAGCCGACCCGAGCACCAACCGGCCCUGUGCGUACAUCAGCACGGUUGGUGACAAAGAUGAAAUCUCCAUGGCCGAGGUCAGCCUGUCAAGCUGUCCCUCGUCUUCUAAUGACGUCUCAGAGAAAGCAGAUGAGAAAAGGCCAUUGGUUCGGAUCCCCUCCAUCAUUGUGACUUCAGAAACCUGUCCUGCUGUCCUGCCAGCGGGACACUCUUCCAGGCUCAUACCUGGAGCUCCAGCAGUCACAGACUCUGUCACCGUGACUGACUGAACACUGAUGCUCUGUCAUCUGACUGUCUCUUCCUCAUUUCUGUCUUCUUUACCCAGGGCUCAAAAACCAACCUGCAUGCAGUUACAACUGACAUCUGAAUUAUUGUUACCUUUGCUUGUUUUCAGAUGGAAAACAAGCCACUUUAAGGUAAACAGGGUGUGUAUUUUUGACAUGAAAGUGGGGUCAGGACACCUAUUCAGGCUUUUUCCGGUGGUGUGGAGAUGAUCCUCUCCUCUCAGGGAAGAAAAGCAGCAGUUGGUGUCUGUGUUGUGGAUUUUGGCACCGGUUCUGAAUAUGUGUUCAGAUUUCCUUUUCAAUGAGCUGCUUUGUCCAUUAAUGCCUGUGCAGUAUAGGUCAUAGCAAAAACCCAUUGCCUGUGUCUGCACAAGAUCAGAAACAACAUGCUAUUUUAGAAAUGAGGAUUUAACACUUAAGACCCCAGUAUACUUCAAACAAAAUUGGACAGUGAGCAGAAAUUACAUAAUUUUAACAAAUCUGGAAAAAACUAAGAUUGUUUUGUUCAAUUUGGCAGCUCAUUAUACAACAAACAUGACUAGUUAGCAACAGGAGAGUAUGUAGCAGAGCUGGUACAGAUAUAUCCGCACCUGUAUAAUUGCUAGCAGACAGAUUUAAAAGACUCUGAAGGAGUGACACACCAGACAAAAAGCCCCAACAUGUCACGUGUCACAUGUGUCUUACGCUGCAAAAAAA